UGCUACCUCCACGUUAUAUAUAUUACACAUUUGUCUCUCUUCUCAUAUCACAGAAUCAUUUUCCAACAAUGGAGUUGGUAAUCAGUAUGUCCAUGGUCCUUGUGUUAGUGGCAUUAAUAUUGGGAGCUGAGGCCAGGAAAGGAAGGGUAUUGGAGUCCUUUGAGUACAACGCUAUUAGUUGCAGAGGACACUCUGCAUUGAUAACGGAUUUCGGCGGAAUCGGUGACGGUAAAACAUCGAACACCAAAGCAUUUCUUGAUGCAGUUAAUCAUCUGAGCCAGUAUGCAUCCGAUGGCGGUGCUCUGCUCUAUGUUCCUGCUGGACAAUGGCUAACUGGGAGCUUUAGCCUCACCAGCCAUUUCACUCUCUAUCUUCACAAAGAUGCUGUUCUCUUGGCUUCUCAGGACAUGAGCGAAUGGCCGGUUUUGAAGGCUUUACCGUCGUACGGUCGAGGAAGGGAUGCAGCCGGUGGAAGGUUUGCCAGCCUUAUAUUUGGAACUAAUCUCACUGAUGUCAUUGUUACAGGGGCCAAUGGUACAAUCGACGGUCAAGGUGCAUUCUGGUGGCAAAGUUUCCACAAGGGAAAACUGAAAUACACCCGACCUUACCUGAUCGAAUUCAUGUACUCCGACAAUAUCCAAAUUUCAAAUGCAACUCUUCUCAACUCUCCAUCAUGGAAUGUUCAUCCAGUUUAUAGCAGUAACAUUCUUGUACAAGGCAUUACCAUUAUUGCUCCUAUCACAUCUCCAAACACAGAUGGUAUCAAUCCAGAUUCCUGCACAAAUGUUAGAAUUGAAGACAGCUACAUAGUUUCUGGGGAUGACUGUAUAGCAGUGAAGAGCGGUUGGGAUGAAUAUGGGAUUUCAUUCGGGAUGCCGACCAAACAAUUGGUCAUUAGGAGGCUGACAUGCAUUUCUCCUUACAGCGCGGCCAUCGCGUUGGGAAGCGAGAUGUCGGGUGGAAUCCAGGACGUGAGGGCUGAAGACAUCACCGCCAUCCAUACGGAAUCCGGGGUCAGGAUCAAGACUGCUAGAGGAAGAGGCGGAUUCGUGAAAGACAUAUAUGUGAAGAGAAUGACUUUGCAUACCAUGAAAUGGGUGUUUUGGAUGACGGGAAACUACAAAGCACAUGCUGAUAAUCACUAUGAUCCCAAUGCGUUGCCGGUGAUUCAAGGGAUCAAUUAUAGAGACGUUGUGGCGGAUAAUGUGUCGAUGGCGGCUAGGUUGGAAGGGAUUGAAGGAGACCCUUUUACUCAAAUAUGCAUAUCCAAUGUCACGAUCGGAAUGGCAGCUAAGGCUAAAAAGAUACCGUGGACUUGCACCGAUGUCGAUGGGAUCACGAGUGGAGUAAGUCCUCGGCCGUGUGAACUACUACCGGAUCAAGGGCCAGAGAAACUCACAGCUUGCGACUUUCCAGCAGAGCCUUUGUCCAUUGAUCAAGUGGAGCUCAAAAGUUGUACCCUUGGGACGAAUUACGUGUGACCUGAUACUAGCAAAGUAAAACCAAGUUGGCAGUUAUAUGUACUAAAGAGCUCUCAUAGUUGGGAGCUUUCGAGUUUCUGUCUCUUAAUUUACUUGAUGAAAGUGUCACAUUUCAUGUAA